AGAAUUAAUGAAAUUUAUUAAGGUUACAAUCUGUCAAAAAUUGAUAAAUAAAUCUACUUGUAUUUAAAGGGUUUUAAAACAUAACAUGGAUGAUUUUUUUCGGGUUAUUCGUUCAUUUUUAGGCUUACCUAAAUUUGAUGACAACAGGCAAAUUUAUCCUGAAUCCGAUGAUAACAGGAAUUCAGGAAAUUUCGGAGAUACGAGAUAUGAUGCAUUUUUAGAUCCUAUGGAGAUGCAUCGUUACUUUGAACAACAAAUGAAUAAAAUUUUGGGGGAGUUCGAUAUAUUUGAAUUUGGUCAAAAUGAUUCAUUUUUUGGAGAUUUUCCAGGACAUGGAGAAAUAGAAUUUUUUGAUAGAAAUCACCAACUUCCUCCUUCUGAAAAUGAGGAAGGAACAGAUUUGAGGAAUCAAUUUCUCAAACCUGGUUUUGAGCGUCCCACUCAAAAACAUUUAAUGGAUAAACGCGAUAAAGAGCUAAAGGAAAAUGAAAUAAAUAUUAAUGAUUUAGAUUCAAUUGUUAGUGGGAACUACUUUAAAGAUAAGCAAGAACAUCCGAAAGUUACAACUAGAUUUUUUGGAAAAAGUAUCAGUACUAAAACUAUUACCAAAGCAGAUGGAUCAAUAGAAAUUCACAAAACAAUUCGUGAUAAUGAAGGCAAUGAGGAAACUACAAUUACUAAACGAAUAGGUGAUAAAGAGCAUACCUUAAUAAAAAAGAAAGACAGUACUGGAAAAGAAGAAAUAAUAGAGAAUUUUGUAAAUAUUGAUGAUACCGAGACAUUACUAAAUCUACCAGAGAACAAACCAUGGUCCUUCUAUGAUAGGUUUUUCAAAUAAUUCAAAAACUCUGAAUAUACACAGGUUGUUUCUAAAAUUAUCACUGUUGAUUCAGUUUUUUUUUUAGUUGUAGAUAAUAUAAUGUUAACUCAUUUAUAUUUUUUUGUGAAAUGACAGUUGAAAAAAACUGUUACUAUCCAUAACAUCAAACAUAUAUUAAAGAUAUUUAUUAAAUAUAUACAUAAAUAACAUUACAGUCAACAUAGUUCAAUUUUUAUAAUUUCGAAAAAGAAUCGUUUUUCCAUUCGUGGAGUAAAUUUCAUUUCUCCUCCACUUUUUUGCUAUUUGAAAAACAAUUAACAGUGGUGUGUUCCAAGACAAUGUGAAGACACAUUAGCUAAGCUAUAGAGAAAAAAAUUUGAAGAUUACUGAAGUUGGACGUUUUACCUACCUGGGGCAAGCCCAAUUGGCCUAGUUAAAAACUUGUUAUUAAGAUUUGCCAUUGUAUAAAAUAAACACAAUUGUAAAUAAUAAUCAUAGAUAGAUUUAUUCUAAACAAUUUAUUAGGGCUUAUUUACAAGCAAUUUUAUAUACAUAACAUUUUACAAUAGGUGUUCAUUCAUUGAAAAUAGAAGUAAACAACUCUUGAAUAAUUUUCCGAUACACUAAGAGAUUAAUGGAAUGUAAUUAAAAUAAACCUCUAUAGCUAUCAAAAUAAUUUGGUUCAUUAGAACAUGUUUCCAUAAAAUUAAUUUUGGUGUAUUCAUAGUGGAUGGAUAUUUAAAACAAAAUGGAAAUUGUAGAUCGAAAAUUAGUUUUUGUGGUCAAUAAAAAAAAUUUGUUGAUUGAA